UCAUCACUAGCCGUAGGCCCCAUCGACAAUAAAAACAGCAACACGACGGCGUCAAAGAUUUUAUUAAAUUUAAAACGCUUCACUCAACAGAGGGGCAUUCGGCGUACGGUGUUCGCUAUGCACAGCUGCACAUUACUUUCAGAUGUGUCCAGCUACCAGCCGGACACAUUGGACCUGAACACAGAUCCCAAGGCAGCGGACUAUUGGUUUCCGUGCUUCCGGGAUCUAGUAAAGAAAUUUGCUAAACAAGCAGCCGAUUCGCAAUUGGAGGACGAGACAGCUCCACAGCGGGCCCAACAAUUUAUGGAAGCAUAUCUGAGCCAUCUGGAUGAACAUCAAAAGAAUAUUGCCCAGAAUAGUGGAAAAGUGGUGCUGGGUACAAGUGAACUCUUGAAGCUUAACGAGACAAUGUUAAGACGAUAUGGAUUCACAGAUCCUUGGCUCCGUCAGAAGCAGCUGGAAAAUGGCUCAGCUAAGAGCAGGCUAAAGCAACGACUAGAUGAAAUUGAUGCCAUUACAGAUGUAGAUGCUAAAUGGACGGAACUGGUGCGCGGAGUCCUAGCGGGUAAUAUGUUCGAUUGGGGGGCCCAGGCCAUUGCCACCAUAUUGGAGAAGGAUAGCAAUUUUGGUUUGCAUCAAGCCCUGGAUCGUAUAGAGAAACGCCCCUGGUUGGUAGAUAAUUUGGAUAGCUGGCUAAGGCGUCUAAAGCAACCGGCCCACAAAUGCGCAGUUAUUUUUGUGGACAACAGUGGAGUGGAUGUGGUUUUAGGCAUUCUACCCUUUGUCAGAGAACUGCUAAAGCGCGGCACAAAGGUUCUGCUCUGUGCCAAUAGUGAACCCUCUCUAAAUGACGUGACUAGUAGGGAACUUAGAUCCCUGCUCGACGAGUGUUCCUGUCAGUGUGCCAUUCUGAAGGAUGCCUGGUUACAAAGUCACCGCCUGCUUGUCUAUGCCAAUGGACAGACUGGACCCUGUCUGGAUAUGCGAACCCUACCUCGAGACCUGUGCGAGGCAAUAGCCACCAAUGAGACUGACCUACUGAUCAUCGAGGGCAUGGGACGUGCUCUGCACACCAAUCUGAAUGCCCAUUUUGCUUGCGAAACCCUCAAACUGGUCGUUAUUAAGAAUCGUUGGCUUGCCAAAUAUCUAGGCGGGGAUGAGAUGUUUGCUGUCAUCUGCAAAUAUGAGGGUCUCAGCUAGUCCCGGCCUAAUCCUCAUAGAUGGUGCCAUCAUCUUCUUCUUGUUAUACCGCUGUUAUUGCUGCUGCUGUUGGAAUUGGCCAUAUUGUUUAGAUUAAUACACAAAGCUAUAUUUUAUUUGUUAUUUGCUGUGCCCUACCCCAUUUACCAACCCCCAUAUGAGAUUUGUGCAUCCAAUGCAUUUGCAUUCAUCGAGAAUUUUCAACUGUGGAAGGCUAGAUGAUAAAUGCAUACCUACAUUCAUACAUAUAUAAUAUACAUAUAUACAAAACA